AACAUAGAGGAGCUGCGCAGAACCGGUUACUAUCCCCAUCAAAUAAACGGACCGUAGGCGCUCGUUUUUCUGCAGUUUUGUGAAGUAUUUCCCCCGUACUGAGGCUUUCAAGGUGUAAGACUGGCUUUAAUUACGUUAAGAGUGUGCACAGGAUGUCUCGGGGUGAGACAGAGCCAGAGGUCAUGGACGUGCCACUCCAAGGACAGGACAGGGACAUGGGCCACGACCGGCCUCAGAGCCUGGGUGGCACAGAACAUCCCUACACUGGGCCAGAACAAAGCACAGCCACGGCGGGACACACAAAAUCUGAAACAGAAGAGACGCCAGCCUCUGGCAGAACUGGUCUGGAGAAAAGCCAUCACUCUUUGACUGAUGAUGUCCCAACCAAUGAGAACUGCUGUCUCAUCUCCCAACAUCAACAUGCAUCAACACCCAAUCAGAUUUUGAGAGCCGAGGCUGACAGCGGUGAGAAUCCUGUGUCCAGUCUCCAGAACGGCCACGCCCCUCCAAUGGGACUUGCAAAUGGAGCCCCGCCCAUUUGCACUCCACCAACCGUCUCUGCUGCCCAUCCCGGAUGGCGGUUAGCACAGCCCCCCAAGUGCAGCGCGAAAGCUUCUCACGACAAGAAGCGCCUCCCCUCCACCUCCACCAACAGCCAGAACAGCCUCAAAACCACUGCUGCCCAGAUCCAACAAGUGGCUGGAGAUGACUGCUGUGUGCACUGUGUACUGGCCUGCCUGUUCUGUGAGCUGCUCUCUCUGUGCUCAGCGGUGGCACAGUGUCUGGCCUGUGGGCAGGGCUGUGAGGCGUUGUGCUGCUGUGGGGGCGGAGCCGCAGGAGGCAUGGCCUGUGGAGAGGAAGCCUGCUCAGCCGGGUUGGAUUGUGGGAUCAUGGAGGACUGCUGUGGGUCCUCCGACUGCCUUGAGAUAUGUCUGGAGUGCUGCUCCAUCUGCUUUCCCGCCUAGUUCCAAUCCACACCGCAAAGUCCGGUGAAUACCACAGCGGAAAAUGACCAAAGAUGCACGGAUACAGUGGCCACAUGGUUGCUUUGUAGCAAACAGUUAUUGUGUAAUGUUCGUCCUUUUUCAGUCUGUAUUUAUCUGGCCAUUUUUUGUUUCCUUUUUUAGUAAGUAAAAUACAGACCUGUUACUGAUGAGCGCUGCCAUGGUACUACAUUUGUCCUUACGCAAAAAGCUCUGAAUAUCCUUCUGAAGACCCGGCAGAAAUAAAAGUUUUAGUUGGAUGGCAAGAACAUUUUUUUGAAAAUAUUUUCAAAAAUUUUUAUUGUCUGUCCUUUGUAGUGUUGGUUUCAGCAUAGUACAAUAUAAGGUUAUUGGGAUUAAGACCAGAAUUGGUUUUUGGAGGAUAUUGGAACCACAAUCAAAGUGGUCAAGUGCACUUUGCCAACAUAUGCCUGAUGUAACAUAUAAGAUAUAUUCAUGUUUUUUGAGUGUCAAAAGCAGUGUUUACCAGUAUCUUGUGAUACAAUCAGUAAUCCAAAUGAAGGAUUUUUAAAUUUUGCAUUCCAGUACACAGAAAAGGGCUCACUAUAAACUCUGUAGCAGAUUUUACACCUUACACUGAGAAACUUAUCGAGUGUAGACUACCAUACACUCUCUUACAGUUGAAUUAAAACUGAAGUUGCUGAUGUCACCGUAAUAAUACUAAAGUUUUUUGAAAAAGCAGAAUAUAUUUUUGCAGUUAUUCUGCUGUAGUCCUAAUGCUCUGAGUGCGUAGUCUGUGUUUUCUUUUAAUAUUAAUAAAGUCAAUAUGCUUUAAGUACAAAUUGACAAAUCUAUUUAUUAUGGAUUAAAUCUCGAGAGUAUUACAAUUAGAUAGAUUAGGUUGUACAAUGUUUUAAUUUCGCAGCUAAUGAUUACUGUACAUCUAAGGGAUGACAUCACAGUUGGUGUUUUAUGUGUACAGCUUCGGCCUUGUUGCUGUGAGACAGGGCUAUUUCAGCUGCUGCAGAGUAACUUAAAUGUAUGCCUUUUUGACACAUAUUACCAGUGUAACUAGUGUUCAAAAUAUUAGGGAAAAAUGGAGGAAAAAAUGGCCUUAAAACCCACAAUUUUCUAAGAUUGUAAAUAGUUUCUUCUUUUCUGAUCUGUAUUAAAAUGAAUAGUACAAAUGUGAAAACAUUCCUCAUUUGAAAUAGCAUUUUUAAUGCAACACUAUGUAGAUUUUUUCUCUCAUCCUGUGUAAUAAACGUGAUCUUUUUUUU